AUGGGUCACGCCGCCGGUCUCCGCGCGGGCACGCGCUAUGCGUUCUCUCGCGACUUCCGAAAGAAGGGUAUGAUCAAGCUCAGCACGUUCAUGAAGACCUACAAAGUCGGGGACAUAGUCGACAUUAAGAACAACGGCGCGCAGCAAAAAGGCAUGGCCCACAAGGUCUACCACGGCAAAACCGGCGUCGUCUACAAUGUCACCAAGUCCGCGGUCGGCGUUAUCGUCUACAAGAAGGUCGGCAACCGCUAUCUCGAGAAGCGCAUCAACGUUCGCCUCGAACAUAUCAACCACUCUCGCUCGCGCGAGGAGUUCAUCUCACGAGUCAAGAACAACGCGAAGCGGAGAAAGGAGGCCAAGGCGGCGGGAGAGACAGUGCAGUUGAAGAGAUUGCCGGUUAUGCCGAGGGAGGCGAGGACGGUUGAGAUUAAGGAUGUCGAGAGUUUGGCGCCGCAGGCUUAUGAUACGCAUAUCUAG